AAUCGUGAAUAACAUAGAAACGUCGAGUAAACUCGAACUUGUCUGAUCGCGAGUAAUCGCAGGCAAAAAGCUGUGGCGCUGUGUUGAGCGUGCGCUGACGCCAUAGUGUAUGCGAGAGGCGAGAACAGCCGAAAUGGAGGAGAGUCAAACAUCGGAAAGUGUCGCCGUGCUACCGGACAUGUCCGAACCGUUGACGAGCGAAACCGAGGAGGCGUCUGCCCUAACGACCGAGCACAAGGCGCAUCCCGUUACCGUGACGGCAAGCGUCACUCCAGUACCGGGUGUUCCUGGUGUUCCAGGAGUUGGUGUACCGGUUUCUUUGCCUGUUGGUUCUAUCAUUGGUGUAGCAAAUUCAUCCAACGGCACGACCUUCAACGUCAUCACAUCAGACCAACUGCAGCUGCCUGGUUCAGGACAAUUUAAACAGAUGCUAUGUGUGGAUAAUGGUUUCAUUUGUGAACCACGGCAUGAUAAAGAUACAGACUCCUUACGAUGGAAUGGAGAAUUAAAAGCAACACACAUAGUAAUUCAAAAUAGUACAGAAGAACCUGAAUCAGAACAAAUCCAUGUAUCUACUGCUAGUACUCAACCAAUAUGCAGUUGGUCAGAAUCAGCUAAUUUAGCAGUAUUACCUGUUAGAUGUAAAAAUACAAAUGCAGAAUUACAUAAAAGUAGAUUUGGAUCUGGAGGAAGAGGAAGAUGUAUCAAACUUGGACAAGACUGGUAUACACCGAGUGAAUUUGAAGCACUUUGUGGUAGAGCAUCCAGUAAAGAUUGGAAACGCAGUAUUCGAUUUGGUGGUAGAAGUUUACAAACAUUAAUUGAUGAACAAAUUUUAAAGCCACAUGCUACUUCUUGUACUUGUGCGGCAUGUUGCGAUGAUGACAGUGCAACAGGUCCUGUAAGAUUAUUCACACCAUAUAAGCGUAGAAGAAGGGCAAGAGAUACAUCUGAUAGUGAAACACCAUCGCGUAAACUUAAAAGCGAUAAUUCACGCGAUGGGAGUAAUAAUGACGAAAGUGAUGGCGAAAUUGUAGUACCUGAUAAAGAAGUAUGGCCUCAGUUUGUUUCAACAGAUGGUUUAGUUGUUCAACAACCACAAGAUCAAGAUACUGUUGUUCAAAAUGUACAUCAAGCAGAAAAUGGACAAUGCGACGAUGUAUUUAAAAAGCUUGACGAGAUGUCCAAUAAAAUGUUAAAGUUAGCUUAUGAAUUUAGGCGUACCUUGGAAGAGGCUAAGGAAGUAAGUAGACAACAAAGAAGAGAACAAGCAUUAGUGGCACAAUUAGGAGGUAGAGGAGAUGUUAUUGAAACUGUUGGUUUGCAACCAGCAUCGGAUACUCAUAAUAAAAAGUGUGCAAACUGUAAUAGAGAAGCAUUUGCAGAAUGUUCCUUAUGCAGACGAACGCCUUAUUGCUCUACAUUUUGUCAACGCAAAGAUUGGGCAGGUCAUCAAGUAGAAUGUGUAAGAGGAGCUGCAGAAACUGUAAUGCUUAUAGUUGAAAGUAGUAGUGGAGAUACUAGUGCUCUUGCUACGACUGCUGGGGACCAAUAGCUAGUGUUUCUUACACCUAUUCACCAAAGGAAUAUAGAAAUUGAACAAACUAACAUAGAAAGUUCAAAAUUGAAAAAA